CCGCUGGCGGGUGGAGGUGCCGGGAGCGCCGCGGAGCCGCCGACAGGGUCCGGCCCAGGAAGAUGGCCUACUAUGGGAGGUGCCUGGACGCCGUGAGGGAGCAGCUUGGCAAGUUCAAGGCCAGCAAGGACAGCCCGGAGCAGUUCCUGGAGGCCGCGGCCAGCUCCCUGCAGACUCUGGACCCCCAGAAACAGGCGUUCAUCCUGGAGGUGCUGUCGGGGUGUCUGCAGUACCGGAAGCUACUGACCGUGGUGGUGGACGCCUUCUAUGUGCGGGACGGCCGGCCCUUCCUGUGGGCUGACCACAGCCUCUUCCAGGUGAUCUGCUACCUGGCGGCCUUCCAGAUGGAGGAGCUGGGCUUUCGGCUCUUCUGCGACAUCAUCAAGUCCCAGCCCCUGAACAAAGUGUGCACGUUCCUCAGGUUUUUCUUCAACCCCUUGCACCUGUGCACGUGGAUCAAGGACGAGUGGAGCCGCAUCUACGACUCGGCCCACGUGAGGGAGACCUGGAUCAACCCCCUGAUGAGAUGGCAGCCAGAGGUCCAGGAGCUCAUCAGGCAGCUGGAAGGGCUCUUGACCCAUCAAGCCCCUCUUUCAAAGGCCAAAGCCAAGGUCACAGAGCCCAAGGAGUUCAACCUGACUGCCCCCAGGCCCCGGGCCGUUCCCAUGCCGGAGCCAGUUCCCGAGGUGGCCAAGCCAAGACCAGUGCCCAGGAGCACCUACCAGCCACCCAAAGAGCAGCGGCUGCUGGAGAUGACCAGGCGGUAUAAUCGCCGGAAGGCUGAGGAGCUGCUGCUGCAGGCGAACGUGGAGGAGCUGCGCUGUGCAGUGCCCAGGGCCCGCGGGGUGCCCCCCGAGCAGGACUCCAAGGAGCCACAGCUCCGACUCCCACCCCGAAUCCGCAGGACGCCGAAGCUGACCUUCUUCAGGCCUGACGCUGUCCAGGUCAAGCUGAACACUGCUGCCAUCCUGCGCGAAGGGGCCCUGUACCAGCGGCAGGUGGAGAGAGAGCUGCAGAGGGUCGACAAGCUGGUGGACGGGGCCGGGGACUUCUCCGAGUUCCUCCUGUGGCAGAAGAGGAUGCAAGCCAAGGACCGGGAGGAGCAGCUGGUGGCUGGCGAGUGUCGGAGGCUGCAGGGGAAGCUUAGCCAUGAGGAGGCCGCGCUGGCCCGGCAGCACCUGGCACGGGAGAACAAGCAGAAGGCAGACCGGAAGAAGGAGGAGACCGCAGGACGGAUGCAGCAGCAUGCUGAGAGGUGCCUGCAGGAGAAAAGGGCCAUGAAGGAGCUGGUGGAGCAGGUGAUGGAGGCGCAGAAGAACAUCAAGGUGGCUCAGAUGAAGCUUCUGAAGGACCGGCAGCAAAUUGUUCAGGAGGUGCUGGAGGAGAGCCGGGAGCUGCAGCAGCGCGGUGCGGAGGCGGCCAGAGAGGAGCAGCGGCAGCGCUAUAAGCGCAUCUCCCAGCUGCGGGCCCUGGAGACACAGCCCCUGCGCAAGGGCAAGCUCGUGGACCUGACGCAGACCCCGGGGUACGGCCUGGAGGGGGAGAUGUCCUUGGUGGAGCUGCGGGAGCGGCUGGCCCUGCUCAGGGAGGCUCAGCGGCUCCAGGAAGAGGAGAAGCGGGACCAGAUCGUCCGGGGCAAGCGCGCCAAGAGCCAGGAGCUGCAGGAUGUGGUGCAGCAGAUCUCCCUGUGCCGCUCGGCCAUGGGGAGGGCCGCGGCCCUCAGGUGGGAGCAGAGGAAGGCGGGGGGCGCGGCCCCGGGGGCGCCCGCGCAGGACGAGCGCGUGCGGGAGCUGCGGCGCCGGGUGGCGGAGCGGGCGGCCGAGCGGCGCGCGCAGGAGGCCCCGAUGCCGGUGCCCGGGCUGCGGGCCGCGCGCCCCAGGACGCGGGCGCAGCAGGAGGCGCGGCACUGGCAGGAGCUGGAGCGCAGCCGCGAGCGCCGGCUGCGGGCGAGGCGGGCGGGAGGCUCGGCCCGCGGGUGCGCGCCCCGCCCGGAGGCGUCCUGA